GGAAAAGUGUCAUAUGGUCUCUCGUUGAUUGCUUUACAUGUCGGAGAAGACCGUGGAUAAAUCACCUUUUGAUUAGGGUUUCCGUCGAUCUCGCCUCUCUUCUAAAUCUGCGAGUUCAUUCAGAGCUAGUGAACCUUCCUUCCUUCCUUCGUUCACAAGGUAGCGUUCUGCUGAUGGAGUCUCUUUCCAGAUCGAGCGGCGACGAGGACGAGCUCAGGAGGGCUCAAGGAUCGUCUCAAAGAUGUGUGUGUUUGAGAUUUUUUUUCUCCUUUUUUUAAGAAGCAAAAGAGAAACUAUAGGUUUGAAAGCUGAAAUGACGGGGAAGGUGGACGGGAAGAGUGGUGAGCAGAAACCAGGCACGCCAACUACGCCAAAAUCAAAGCAUUCAGCAACCGAGCAGCGUCGUAGGUGCAAAAUCAAUGAUAGAUUUCAGAUACUUAGAGACCUCAUACCUCAGUGUGAUCAGAAGAGGGAUAAAGCUUCGUUUCUUUUAGAGGUUAUUGAAUAUGUCAAAUUUUUACAAGAAAAGGUACAAAAGUAUGAAACCUUCCCGAGCUGGAAUCAGGAAAAUGAGAAAUUGAUACCAUGGAGCAACAAUCAAGGAGGGUCUAGAGAGAGUAUAACAGACCCUUCUAACCUUGCUAAAAAUGGUCCUCAGUCUGGCCUCUUGUUUGCUGGAAAGUUUGUGGAUAAUACGAAUCUGGGGGAACAAAUAUCUCUCUCGAACGUGCAGAAUGUAGCAGAAGCUGAUGUGAAUCUUGUUCCAAUGCAGUCAAACUAUUAUGCUUCUGUUGGUAGGGGAUCUGAUUUUAUGCAGCCUCAAGAGAGAUUAAUUACAGACUCUGAAAACUUAGUAUCUCAUUCUCAAUCUGAGUGGCAAGGUUCAUCCUGCAUGGCCGAUUGCACUGUCGGCUGUGAAAAUGAUCAAGAAUUGACCAUAGAUGAGGGCACAAUUAACUUUUCUAGCAUCUACUCCCAAGGUUUGUUGACUACGCUAUCACAAGCGGUUGCUAGUUCAGGAUUAGACCUGUCGCAAGCAAGCAUUUCUGUACAGAUUAAUCUUGGUAGGCGUGCAAUCAAAAGGCCUACCAACACUAAUGUGUCCGAUGGAAAGGAUCUGUCUGACCCGUCAAUUAUGAAUCAAGCGAUUGGGGUGCCCGGGCCAGGGAGCAACUUUUCAGAGUCCGAACAAACUAAGAGGCAAAAGGUAGACAACAGCUAAUGCCUAUUGUGCCUGUGAUCUCCUGCCAAAUGAACUGGUGGUGUAUGAGCAAUAUUGUGUAUUCUUUGUAUUCUGCAUCAUAUUUUGUGAGGUUUUCAUGUAGUGGUCCUUGUUAACCGGCUAGCAGCGCGAAUUGUACUGAUCAAGAAACACAAUUGCUUUCCUCCUAUGCUUAAUUCGAUUCAUCUGUCUAGUUUAAA